ACGUCGAUGCUAAGGGAGAAAAAGGAGCAGCCGCGGCGGCGGUGGUGGUAGUGACGCGCGCAUGCGUAGAGGCACGCGGUAGUUGAGGCGACGGCGGCGCCUCUUUAGCCGGAGCUGAGUAGGGGAGGGGGGGCAAGGAGAGAGAGGAAAGCGAAAGAAAAAGACGGCGGCUGCGGCGGCAGGUCUGAAGACUCAUCGCGGAUCCUGAACAUCCUGAAUCAUAGCGGACCCUAUAUUUCCAAGGGAAGAUGGCCAUAAUGUCACAUUGGGGGGCCUCCAGAUGCCAGGGGAGACCCUAUUUUUGGGGGUGCGGUGUUUGGGAUCUAUGAAUGCUGUACCCUCUGAAGCAGUUUCCAAAAGAAGAGGAAAAACACCCAGUGUAACUUUCUGCUAUGGAGUGAAACAAGAGUCCUUUGGAACGAUGCUUACCACAAGCUAUUUGAGAGACUUAGAGCCAGUCUUUGCAUCCCAGAGGCAAGAACUUUAACUCUGCAGGCCAGUGGCUCUCCUCAAAUGCAGGGCAAGGGAGGGAGCUCGCCUCAGCCUUGCAAAGAGACGUUUCAUACCCUCAACAGUUCCCAAGGGCCUCGUUUUCCUGGCUUUCCAGGAGCUUCCCUGUCACACAACUUAGUUGGCUACCCUUUUUGUAGCCAUCCCAUACUGGGCCAGUCUUCACAGUUUCCGUCUCUGCUGUGGCAUCUUUCCAGGCUGGAUGAUGGGGAUUCUUUCCAACCUCAGGCCCAUCAGAGACAGGAUGUGAACAUUGAAAUGGCAUCUCUGAUAGGCUGCGGACGUACUGCAUGCACAGCGUUGCCACUGAGUGACAGGCGAACUGGCUGAUUGCUCCAGGCCAUCUCUUUCUGCCCGUCUCAGGAUUUUGUAGGGCACUGGCCUCACCUGCCCCUCCCUCUCAUCAUGUUUCUACUGCUGCCGUUUGACAGCCUGGUGGUGAACCUGCUAGGCAUUUCCCUAACCGUCCUCUUCACCCUACUAUUGGUUUUCAUCAUCGUGCCAGCCAUCUUUGGAGUUUCCUUUGGUAUCCGACAGCUUUACAUGAAAACGCUGCUGCAGAUCUUCCAGUGGGCAACGCUGAGGAUCGAGCGUGGUGCCAAAGAGAAGAAACAUCCACUUUAUAAGCCCUAUGUCAACGGCAUCAUUGCAAAGGAGCCCACUUCACUGGAGGAAGAAAUUAAGGAGAUCAGGCGGAGUGGGAGCAACAAGGCCCUGGACGCCCCGGAAUUUGAGCUCUCUGACAUCUUCUAUUUCUGCCGCAAGGGCAUUGAGACCAUCAUGGACGAUGAGGUGACCAAACGUUUCUCGGCUGAAGAGCUGGAAUCUUGGAACUUGCUGAGCAGGACCAACUAUAAUUUCCAUUACAUCAGCCUGCGUCUUACAGUCCUAUGGGGGCUCGGCGUCUUGAUCCGCUACUGCUUCUUGCUACCACUCAGGGUAGCCCUGGCUUUCACUGGCAUUAGCCUCUUGGUGACAGGCACGACUGUGGUGGGCUAUUUGCCCAAUGGAAGGUGCAAGGAGUUCCUGAGCAGGCAUGUCCACCUAAUGUGUUACCGGAUUUGUGUGCGAGCUCUUACAGCCAUCAUCACCUACCACCACAGAGAGAACAGACCCCGCAAUGGAGGAAUCUGCGUGGCUAACCACACCUCCCCAAUUGAUGUCAUAAUUCUGGCCAGCGAUGGUUACUAUGCCAUGGUGGGCCAGGUACAUGGAGGGCUCAUGGGGGUGAUCCAGAGGGCCAUGGUCAAGGCCUGUCCCCAUGUCUGGUUUGAACGCUCUGAAGUUAAGGAUCGCCAUCUGGUGGCCAGAAGGCUGUCAGAGCAUGCUCAUAAUAAAAAUAAGUUGCCCAUCCUGAUUUUCCCAGAAGGCACUUGUAUCAACAACACAUCUGUGAUGAUGUUCAAGAAAGGGAGCUUUGAAAUUGGUGCCACAGUUUAUCCUGUUGCCAUCAAGUAUGACCCCCAGUUUGGAGACGCCUUUUUUAAUAGCAGCAAAUACGGCAUGGUGACCUACCUGCUGAGGAUGAUGACCAGCUGGGCAAUUGUCUGCAGUGUCUGGUAUCUCCCCCCAAUGACCAGAGAGCCUGACGAAGAUGCGGUGCAGUUUGCCAAUCGUGUGAAAUCUGCCAUUGCUAGGCAAGGGGGCCUUGUGGAUCUUUUGUGGGAUGGAGGCCUAAAGAGAGAAAAGGUGAAGGACACAUUCAAGGAGGAACAGCAGAAGCUCUACAGCAAGAUGAUUGUGGGCAACCACGAAGAUCGGAGCCGUUCCUGAGCUGCCAUGGCUGGGGCUUCUGCAGCACUGAUCCCAUGUGGAGGGGCACCUUCUCUCAAGGCUAUGGGCGCUCUUUGUUCUCUAGCCUCUCAGUGGUGCUGGCCAGUGGUUACUGAAAAAAAGGCCUUGCCUUAAAUUCUUGUGGUUUCCCCCACUGCCUAGGCAGCAGCAUCAGCAUCUGAGAACUGGACACCACAGUCAAAAUGGCAGCAUGGCUACCCCGUGCGCAAUCGUGUGAGCUCUGCAGGGUGCCCAUGUAUCUAUGUGUGCAUUCGUGCAUGCGUGCCUGUGUAAGAUGCUCCAGCAUGGCUCUGAGCCCAGCUGGGUGUAUUGAUUCCCUACUGCCAGUGACAGAGAUGCCUCCUGCAACAUCCCUCCAUCCUUCCUCAGCCCCCCCGCCCACCCUUGUCUCCCUUCUUCCAUCCCCCCCCCCCAAAAAAAAGAACUUACAUCAGUUGCAUGGAUUCACUUUGCAUUUUAUAAUUAAAUGGUAUAGACAAAGAUCUUGUGCUAAAUAUUUGCAGGCUGCCUUUGCAAUGGAAUUGCCCGGCUCAUAGAUGGUGUGGCAAGUUGUCUUUUUCAGAUAGGGAAGAGGUUCCUUAAAAAGAGAAGCCAAGACCAGGGGUAAUAGGUUUGCAAGAUUGACUUCCUUUUUAUGUCAUGCUUUUCUUUUGGGUGGAAGGGCAAAGCAUGUGUGGAGCUGCUGUGGUGCUGGAGCUGCGAUACAAUUAUUGACACUUGUAGAGACAGGUGUCUCUUGGAUUGGGUACUUCUGCUUUGCCUAUUAUGCGGGGAGACCAUAAAAAACCACAGCCUAAAUUACAAACAUGUAGAACUCCUGCCGCAGCAAGCUGGCUUCCAGACUUCAUAACAGAUCCUGGCUAAUUUCAGCUCAAAAGAAGCUUUUAGUAUCUGCUGAGGCAGGCAGAAGCCUCAAAUAAAGUCCAGAAUCGGAAGAGCAUGUGACGUAUGAAGUGCAGCGGCCUUCUUUGAAAUGUGCUGUUUAUAGCAUUUAUUCUCAGAAGUUAUCUCUUUCACUUCCUGAUCUUUAUUUGACAGAGUUAAAGUAACCCAUGCAUAUUGGCUUCAUCUCAGUGGACUAUUUCCUGCCAUAUUGCCCCCAUAUUUUUACUCAUAAGCUGUAUUGGAUCUCUAUGCUGAAAGGCCAGGAGAACUCUUGGGUUUGGUAUCUGUUUAAGCUCCCCUCCCCAUUUGAUCCACUGAAAAGCUGGUGCUUGCUUACAUUUCUAGCCCUCCUCAGUUCCUUGACCUGGAGACAAACAGAAUGCCAAAAGUAAUGAAGGUGCUAUUUCUCUA